GAUGAGUUUUUGCAAGGAAUGCGUCAAGGGCACUACUUGGGAAGGCACCCCUCAAGGCAAGUGGGAGAAGAUUGGCGGCGUUGACUGCUACGUCGGAACACCCACUGUGGACUACCCGAAGGACAAAGCCAUCUUGUUCCUCAGUGAUGUGUUUGGCCCUCAGCUCGUCAACGCCCAGCUCAUGGUCGACGAUUUCGCUGCCAACGGAUUCAAGACCAUCGCGCCGGACUACCUCAACGGCGACCCCAUCCCCCCCGAUGCGAUGAACCCCGGUAAAACCUUCGACAUUACCAAGUGGUUCCCGUCGCACGGGCCUGAGCAGACGCGGCCCACCCUCGACAAGGUCAUCAAUGCGCUCAAGGAGCAGGGCAUCACGGUCUUCGGCGCGACGGGCUACUGCUUUGGUGGGCGAUAUGUCUUCGAUCUCGCCUUUGACAACGUCAUCCAAGCCUCGGCUGCCUCGCACCCGUCGCUGCUCCAGGUUCCUGCUGAUCUUGAGAAAUAUGCAGCUCAAUCCAAGGCACCGCUCUUGCUGAACACUUGCCCCGUCGAUCAACAGUUCCCUCUCGAGUCGUCCGCAUUGGCCGACUCCAUUCUCGGCGAUGGCAAAUUUGCACCUGGAUACAAGCGCGAGUUUUUCGAGGGAGUCGUCCAUGGCUUCGCUGUGCGUGGCGAUAUCAACGACCCCAAGGUGAAGGCAGGAAAGGAAGGCGCGUUCAAAGCGGCGGUUGAGUGGUUUGUCUCGAAACUUUG